AGUCCCAACCCCAGCCGGGGAUUCCGACCUCAGGCUGAGGCUACUGACUUGGAAUGGGGUCCGGGGGCAUGGUCGAUGCUGGACCUCGGGCUGAGAUGUAAGGAAGUGUUCGAUCUUGGGUGUGGAGCUGCAGGUCUAGGCUGGGGAGCUGUCCUGGGAUGCUGAUGGCCCCAUCCUUGCUACUGGCAAUCCUCUCACUAGGGCUGGUGCUGCUGCUACUGCUGCUCCCUGUGAGACUCAGGACCUUUCUCUAUAUCUUCUGGACUGAGAAUUUCCUGAAUCCCAUCUGCAACUUCUUCAUGGAGAGCACCAAGGAGCAACGGAUCCUGAGCUAUGUGCGGGAGCAUGCAGUGGCUGGGGACCCUCAGAGCGUGGUGGACACCAUUGACAGCUACUGCUCGGAGAAGGAGUGGGCUAUGAAUGUGGGCAACAAGAAAGGCCAGUUCCUGGAUGCCAUGGUGCAGGAACAGCGCCCCUCCGUGCUGCUGGAACUGGGGGCCUACUGUGGCUACUCAGCAGUGCGCAUGGCCCGUCUGUUGCCCCCGGGAGCCCGUCUGCUGACCAUCGAGCUCAACCCCAACUAUGCUGCCAUCACUCAGCAGAUGCUGGACAUUGCAGGCCUCCGGGACAAGGUCACUGUUAUCCUUGGAGCAUCCCAAGAUAUCAUCCCCCAGCUGAAGAAGAAAUAUGAGGUGGACACGCUGGACAUGGUCUUUCUCGACCACUGGAAGGACCGCUACCUGCCAGAUACACUCCUCCUGGAGGAGUGUGGCCUGUUACGGAAGGGGACCAUGUUGGUUGCUGACAACGUCAUCUUCCCAGGCGUGCCAGACUUCUUAGAAUACGUACGCGGGAGCAGUCGCUUUGAGUGUACCCACUUCUCCUCGUACCUGGAGUACUCUGACAAGGUGGUGGAUGGCCUAGAGAAAGCGGUCUACUUGGGUCCAGAUGGCCUGGUGAAGCCUUAACCUCCUGCCCUGCUCUGAGCUCUUCCUAAGCCUGAUUAUGAAGAGCAUGAUGAGUGCAAUGUAAUUCUGCUUCCACAGCUCCAGGAUCCCGACCUAACAUACGCACCUAAGGCCUGUAAGGCCAAAGUCUGACCCCACCCCAAGUGCACCUGGCUCACUGUAUAAUACCAAUGCAAUAAGUCAGCUUCAGAUACGCUUUCAAUACCAAAUCAGGGCAUUUGAGGCCUGAUUCACUGUGAUGCCUCCACCAGUAUUCCAGCCAGGUCUCUCCCACCAGCUGUUCCUCAGGGAAAGAGGGCUCAGAACAUGUGGGUACAGAUGGUGGACACUAGCCUGUCCUCUGGGUUUGCCAUCAGCAGGUGACGGCAGUGCCUUAGUGCAGGUACGGUGACCAACCCAUAGUGCACUUCUGACAUCUAUCAAUUCUUUAUUAUUAUUUAUAAAUUCAUUAAACAAUGAAAUGCAACUUGUUUAUGCCAAUUAGCUGCUGAUCGUCCCUGUGAAAGAUGCUACAAUGGAAAUUAAAGAUCUGAAUAUUUA